UAAACGCAACUAGUCACAACCAAAGUGAAUGGUACUUACACGAUAAACACAACCGAUGAAGACUGUUGGAUUUGGUGAAUUACAAAGAAUAAUUUAAAGUAAACUAAUACAAAAAAAAAAAAAAAAACAAGUAAGAAUAGUAAUAUUGUCGAACGAAUCAGAAAUCGAAAACGCGUGGAUUUGAAUAUAGGAUUAUUAUAAAAUAAGUGGCUUGACAACCAUUAGCCAUUUACGGUGACGGUUGUUUGCAGUAAAUAUGUGUAGCUGCAGAGCGGCAAAGAAUAAACAGUAACAGAGCAAACUAGCUUAUAAAAACGGUUAUGCCGAGUGUAAAGUUAAGCUUUAUUGUACAAAAACUAAAAACAGGUUGCUCAUAAACUGAAUGUGCAUAUUACGAACAUAAACGCAAGCGAGUACCAGAAGAAAAAUUCAAUACCGCGCAAACAGCUUGAACGAAACGACGUAAAAAACGACAUUCCAUUGAAAGGGAAAACAGUUAAUAGUUAAAUAUUACAAAAGCACUGAAAAAAGUGACUGACAUAAUGGCAAGACAUACCUUAGUUUGCCAUAUGCUAACUUGCGCGUUGGCAGCACUACUACUUUUUGGCGCACCUGCCAAGGGAGCGCCAAUGGGUGAAGCAGCAAUAACUGCGGAAGGAACCAGCAACAAGAGUGGCGCUUUAGAAAUUGGCAAAAUCGAAUAUGAUUUUUUCAACACAAUACACACUGAAUUUCCUUCCACAGACUCUCAGCCGUAUACUAGCCCCAAAGUAGAAACAGAAGCCGAAAUGGCUACCACUUUAUUGCCCAUGACUAUGGAGGAAAUGGCUUUAGCUGAAAUAGCAGUGGUUGUAGCAAAGUUGGCAACAACAGCUGCGGCUGAGUUGGAGGGCCGCGAUCAAGUUGAAGAAGGGUACAGGGAGCAGAUAAGUAGGAGAGCUAAAAAAGAUAGACAACAAGAUUUCGCGCGUGAACUUACUAACGUGGGUGCGUCAGUGGAAGACGUGACAGUUGACGAUAGAGGUUUUGUUGUUGCAACAACAUUUAGGACAAGUUUUCCCCAUCAAAUUGAUACCACAACAACUACUACACCAAUGUCACCCACAACAUCAACAGCGAUAGCCUCUUCGAUAACAACUGAAAGUCCGGCAAUUUUAGGUGAAUUGGUGAGAGCAGCCGUAGCGGCAAAUGAGAUUUUAGCAGCUGCUUUAAACGUCGCAACAAUGGCAGUCCCAAAUAUUAACAUCACAACCCCAACAACUAAGGUUGAUGUAGCUAACUUGGCAACCAUCACAGCUGUUGCUAAUCAUGCGCAAGUAAAUGACAGUGAGGUGUUGUUGGAAACUACUGAAAUGAAUGCAUGGCAACAUAACAAUGUUGAGAACAUUGAAGUAACCAGUGCGAUACCGGAUUAUACAAUUUUACCACAGGGGAAGAAAAAUGAAGCAUUGGAGAAUAAUGCAGAAUAUGAAGCAAUCAUUUCAGCUGAGGCCAAUGAGGAAAAUUUGGCUGCUAAAGAAUUAGAGAGAAUACGACUGCACCAGACAACAACACCGGUUGACAUCCAAGAAACGACAACCGAAUCCACAACAAUAUCAGCAGAGGAAGAAACUACAAAUUUGUGCAAUAUGGAUAGUGUGCUAUCACCAAGCCGUAAUUUAACCGAUAUGGACCAUGAAGUUUCCGAAUCAAUGAUUAUUGAAAAAAGAAAGGAGUCUCAACAAUCUUUGGCCUUACCGCCAACAAGCAGUGAUAAAAACUUUGAAAAUGCAACUCCAGGCGGCACAAAUUUAGUAAUAAACACCACCGACAAUAUAGCGACACAAACAGAACCUGUCGCAGAGGCAACAACUUUUGUAGCACCAUUAACCAAAGAAAAGAUUAAUGAAACUACAGAAACUGAAGACCUGCAGCAAGUGCAAAGAGACGACCCUUUGCGCGAAAGUGGAGAGAAUGCGUCUGAACUUGCAGUUAGGACGACGACUACUGAAUCAUUGGAAACUCUUAUUGCCGUAGAAAGCGAAGCGAGGUUACCAAAUAAAAUUGAUCUCCCAUCUGAAAAAGAGUCGUUAGAAACUGUAACUACAACAUCCGAACUCGCAACAAUUGAGGAUAGCAGUUCUAAUAAACUAUCAAUUACUUCCGAAUCUAUUUGGUCAACAAAUGAAACUACAACAAUAACGACUGUUGAAAAUAUUACAACUGAGACAGCAACAAAUCAACAAAUUACUUAUACAACAAUAGCGCCAAUACAAGUAAUUACAACAAGAGGAGCACUGGAGGAGGACACGAUAACUACAGAGUCGCCAGGCGGCAAAACAAAUAUAUUAAAAAUGUAUAACGUUGCAGUUACUGAACGAGGUAAAAUGUUAAAGGAUGAUAUACAACAAACGACAAUAUCAUAUAGUCCAACAUACACUUCAAACAGCAUAACAGAGACAUCUCAGACAGAGCAUCCAGCAUUAGAAACAACAACAGUCUCUGCGGAAGAGUUGUUUACAUCAUUCGAUAAAGAGGAGAAAACUACGCAAAACUCACUAGUGAAUUUAGAGAUCACCACAAAAUUCAUUGAAGAAGAAAUUACUAGAACAGUAAUACCGUUGGAAGAAAACAUCUCCACACAAAGAGAAAUAUCUCCUGCAGAAGCAAGUACAAUUCAAGCUAAUUUUGAAGUGUUUCCUAAUACUCAACCCACGGAAAUGUCACAGCAAAUAUCAACAGAAGACAUAAUGAUCUUAAACAAUAAUCCGGAAACCACAACUUCAGCAAAACAACCGUCAGAAUUGGAUGACCCAAAAAGAUUUACGUCCGCUGAGAUACGGAAAACACUUUUAGCUACUGCUGAAAAAGAGCUAAGCACUAACAAAACGGAAAAUAAGCUGGAUUCGAAGAAUGUAGCUGAAUCAGAAGCGAGCACAGCCACGACGACAAUGGCUGCAAUUGAAGAGCAGACGCCCCAUACGAGCACAGUAAAAGAGCAGCUGCAGCAGCAAAACGUGGUAAACGAGAGUGACAGCGCAACAAUUACCACGAACACUGCCGCAACAACUGAAGAAAGUUCAAUAGAAAACGUGGAUGUUGCAACCACUACAAACACAGCAGAUGUAAUACCAACAACAACAAAUGUAACCACCAGCACCAAAACAACAACAACUACCUUGUCGCCAAUGAGUCUAAUUGUAGCCGAGCAUGAAGCGCGUUCCCUCGACAAGACGCCACCGCGGGUUAGUCGGAUUGUCAAUGAAGAUGGUGUCGAGGUGUUGACUGGCUACUCUAUAGUACAUCAGAUGCACGCAGGGGCCUUGGCGGCAUUGGUCGCGGCCGGUGCGUAAUCAAAUGAUAUGAAGAAGCUAACACCUGAUCGCGUGAGAGUCUAGAACUGAACUUUUUUCUUACCUACUAAGCAAGUAAAUUUGGAAAAGUCUCACUCAAAUUUUUAAAUAUAGAAGCAUGUAUCAUUAACACAAAAACAACAACAACGAUUAAAUUACAUACAUAUAUCCGGUUGUGGUGGAAUCUCUGGUAUGCCAUAACAGAGUUAUUUUGUUUUCAUGAGCUAUACAUAAUGUAUGUAUAUAUGUAUAUGAAGCAAAGCUAUUUUAGGAUAAGUUUUUUUGCCAAAUGUGAUACUGAAAAAUGGAACUACAUAUGUAUGUAUAUGCCACUCAUGCCUGCACAUGCAUGUAUUAUAUAUGCAGUUGUUUUUGUCGUUAUUGCUGUCAU